AAUUGUAUCCCCAAAUCUCGCAACAUUUGAAACCGACAGAAGAUGAUCAUUCGGAUCGCAUGAAUUCGAUUCAUUUCGUUUUGAUUUCACCCUUCUUUUAAGGUUUUAAUGAUUAUUUCAGUUUGUUCUUUAUUGUAGAAAAAAACAUGGUUCUUAUGGAUAAUCUCCCAGAUCAACUAAUUUGGGAGAUUUUCAACAGAAUCAAGAACACAAUCGAUCGAAAUUCCGUAUCUUUAACUUGUAAACGGUUCUACAAUCUCGAGAAUGAACAACGAAAACACCUGCGUGUCGGCUGUGGCUUAAACCCCGCAAACGAAGCGUUGACCUGUUUGUGUAACCGAUUCCCGAACUUGAACAAAGUUGAGAUUACGUAUUCCGGGUGGAUGUCGAAAUCCGGAAAACAGUUAGAAGACCCGGGUCUUUCCAUACUCGCCAACAUCUGCCCGUUUUUAACCGAUCUCACGUUAAGCUAUUGCACGUUCAUAACCGAUGCUGGUCUUAGCUCGUUAUCAUCAUGCUCCAAACUUUCAUCUUUAAAGCUAAACUUCACUCCCAGGAUCACGGGUUCAGGCAUAUUUUCGAUAGUUUCGGGCUGCAAAGACUUGAAAAAAAUUCAUCUUAUCCGUUGUUUAAACAUAAGCAACGUUGAGUGGCUUGAGUGUCUCGGUAAGCAAGAAACGCUUCAAGAUCUUUCCAUCAAGAAUUGUAGGGGUAUCGGAGAAGGUUAUUUAGUAAAACUCGGGCCCACUUGGCGAAACAUGAAACGUUUGCAGUUCGAGGUUGACUCAAACUACAGGUACAUGAAACUGUAUGACCGGUUAGCCGUUGACCGGUGGCAAAAACAGUGGGUCCCGUGUGAAAACAUGACGGAACUUAUGCUCACCAACUGCAUGAUCAGCCCGGGUAGAGGGUUGGCUUGUAUUUUAGACAAAUGCAAAAACUUAGAGAAAGUUCAUCUAGACAUGUGUAUAGGCGCACGCGAUUGUGAUAUUAUCGGGCUGGCUGAAAACUCAAAAAAUCUCCGGGCCAUUUCGAUACGAGUCCCGUCAGAUUUCUCGCUUCCGCUUUUAAUGGACAACCCGUUAAGACUCACCGACAAUAGUUUAAAGUCAUUGGCUCAAAACUGCACGAAACUCGAGUCCGUAUCACUAUCGUUCUCAGAUGGAGAGUUUCCUUCGUUAUCUUCGUUUUCGUUAGACGGGAUUCUAAGUUUAAUAACAACGUGCCCGGUGAAAAGCCUGUUUCUGGACCGUGUUUAUUCGUUUAAUAAUACUGGUAUGGAAGCUUUAUGUGGUUCUGAUUAUCUUCAAAUUUUGGAACUUACAAGGUGUCAAGAGAUAAGUGAUGAAGGGUUAGAAUGUGUGGCCCGUUACCCAUGGCUGCGUGUGUUGCGGUUAACCAAGUGUCUCGGUGUGACGGAUGAUGGGUUCAAGCCGCUUAUCGGUUUGUGCAAACUUGAACAACUUGUUGUGAAUGAUUGUCCGCAAGUGUCGUUGAAGGGUGUGCAAGGUGCUGCGAAAUCUGUGUCUUAUAAGCAAGAUCUUUCAUGGAUGUAUUGAAUGUGUUAUGUUGGUGUAAGUUUUAAUAAUGUGCAACUGUUGUUAAAACUGUGACUGCAAAAUGUAUUUUGGUCAGUUUGUGCAAGGGUCAAAGCAUGUAAUGCUUACUGGAAAUACCUUUGGUAUAAUAUUUUAGUUUUGUUUGUGAGUAA